AUGGAAAAACAUCUUGUAAAGUAUUUAACCAGAAAAUCGAUUAUGCUCCUGCGGAAGUAUCUACUCAUAACGGAAUUUCAGAUGUCAAAGUGUGGAUCUCAUAUAGUCAAAAUAAGAAGGGACGUGCUAUAUCUGAAACGUACGAAAUAUAGUAAAUAUUUUAAAUGCAGAUGUAGUAGGGGUCGCGAACCGGAUGGUACACAACUUGGUUUUGGAAGAUAUGGCACCAAAAGGUGUAGAGAUGGUCGUCUUUCAUAUCGAGCCAUUGAAGCAGCGCAUCGGGCUACAAUCGGACAAUUCCAUCGUGCUAUGAGCGGACAAUUCCGAAGAAAUUGUAAGAUAUGGGUAAGAGUUCUCGCAGAUCUUCCUAUUACGGGGAAACCUACAGAAGUUCGAAUGGGAAGAGGAAAAGGAAAUCUGACGGGAUGGAUUGCUCGUGUGUCCACGGGACAAAUCCCAUUUGAAAUGGAUGGUGUGAGUUUGUCAAAUGCUCGACAAGCCGCUAGAUUAGCGGCGCAUAAACCAUGUUGGUCAACCAAGUUUGUUCAGUGGUCGUAA